GCCUGGCGCGCGCAUAUCUGCCGGGACUCCGCUCGCUCGCCCGCACCUCUGGGACCUGCGGAGGAGCGCCGCCCCUCGCCCCGCGCUCCACGAGCCCGCAGAGCUGCUCUCGCUCGGCCCCAGGUCGCAUCUUUGUGGCCGGAGGCGCACACGUGUGGCGGUCCCUGCGCGGUGAAGGGUCUUCGGCCGGCGCUCUGCUUUCGGGAAGCAUCUUGCCGGGUCCUGCCUCAGUUGAGAGAUGGCCUCUGCAGGGGCUGAAACAAAGAAACUUGGAAAUGACAAUGACUUCGUACGGCUGAGCAAUCCCCACUUAGCAACGAUGAAAGAAGACGUUCUGUACCAUUUCAGCCUCAGCACAGGCACCCACGAUUUCCCGGCUAUGUUUGGAGAUGUGAAGUUUGUGUGCGUCGGGGGAAGCCCUUCCCGGAUGAAAGCCUUCAUCGAGUACGUGGCCGUGGAGCUGGGCCUUGACGUCCCAGGCGCAGACUAUCCCAACAUCUGUGUGGGCACCGACCGCUAUGCCAUGUUUAAAGUGGGCCCGGUGCUGUCUGUCAGCCACGGGAUGGGCAUCCCCUCCAUUGCCAUCAUGCUGCACGAGCUCAUCAAGCUGCUGUACCACGCGCGGUGCUCCGGCGUCACCAUCAUCCGCAUCGGCACCUCUGGCGGGAUAGGUCUGGAGCCUGGCUCUGUGGUCAUCACCCGGCAGGCGGUGGACCCCUGCUUCAAGCCAGAGUUCGAGCAGGUGGUCCUCGGGAAGCGGGUGGUCCGCAGCACCCACCUGGAUGAGCUGCUGAUGGAGGAGCUGGCGCAGUGCUCCGCGGACCUGGGCGAGUUCCCCACGGUGGUGGGCAACACCAUGUGCACCCUGGACUUCUACGAAGGGCAAGGCCGCCUGGACGGCGCUCUCUGCUCCUACGCGGAGAAGGAUAAGCAGGAGUACCUGAACGCGGCCCACGCAGCUGGCAUCCGCAACAUCGAGAUGGAAUCGUCCGUCUUCGCCGCCAUGUGCAACGCCUGUGGCCUCCGAGCGGCGGUGGUGUGUGUCACCCUUCUCAACCGCCUGGAAGGCGACCAGAUCAGCAGCCCCCACGAGGUGCUGGUUGAGUACCAGCAGCGGCCCCAGCGGCUGGUGGGCCACUUCAUCAAGAAGCGCCUCUCAGCAGCCUGAGGUCCCUCAUCUCUGGACACGAGUGGUGUUAUUGCUGCAAAUAAAAUCAUCACCACAAUCUC